AUGACUCUUUUUCUUUUACUGGAAACUCUUUAUGCUACUUGCUUUUUAACUUUGGUUUCAUCAGACUUUUUGAGUAAAAAGGUGCUGAAGAGGGUGAACAAAUGGGUAAAAAAAGAAACCAGCGGAUUAAUUCAAGACUUUCUCCCUAAUGGAGCCGUCGAUGAUGAAACAAAGGUUAUACUGGAGAAUGCAAUCUAUUUCAAAAUCUGUUGGAGGAGGCACAAUCAUUUUACGCCAUCUCUUACAGAGAAGUCUGAGUUCUAUUUACUUGGUGGCAAGAAAUCAGUAAGAAUUCCCUUCAUGUCUACUAGUAACGGUGCUUAUCAACGGAUUAAAUGUCAUAAAAGCUUCAAAGUACUUGAACUCCCAUACCAAUUAGGAACACAAGAAAAUGCUCCAUAUUUUUCUAUGUAUAUAAUUUUACCUGAGCAACGAGAUGGGCUUGGUGAACUUAUUGAGAAGGUGAGCUCGGAUUCAGCUGGUUUUCUCGAUCGAUAUAUCUCGGUAGAUCAUCCAUAUGUUCCAACUAGACAAUUCAAGAUUCCAAAGUUCGCUAUCAUUUUUGAUUUUGAAGUAUCACGAGUGUUCAAGGAGUUCGGAAUAGUUUUGGCUUUUGAUGAAUCCAGAGCAGAGCUGAUUGAGAUGGUGAAUAUUCGUAAUCCUAGUGAUGUACACAAGCUUCAUGUUUCCAAGGUUUAUCACAAGUGUUUUGUUGAAGUUAAUGAAGAAGGAACUGAAGCUGCUGCUUCUACAGCUGUUUAUGGACAACGACAGCGUUGUUUAAAUAGUCAUCCCCCUCCUCCUCCUCCUGUUGAUUUUGUUGAUGAUCAUCCUUUCAUGUUCAUAAUCAGAGAGGAGAGAAGUGAAGUGGUUUUGUUCAUUGGGCAUGUCCUCGAUCCUUCGCUAAAGUCGUGA